GACCGGAUUCACUAUUUAUAGUUGCGUUUUUAUUUUUGUCUCUAUUGUACAGGACUUACGGUGGUUUGUAUUCCCAUUUGAUUUACAGGGGAGUACAACUACGCGUGAAAUGGGUUCCAGAUCAUCUUUACUUUUGAGGGAUGAAGAAAUUGAAGAGAUACGAAGAACAACAGGAUUUUCACAUAACCAAAUAAUAAGGCUUUACCACCGCUUCAAUAGUCUUGAUAAGAGUAAUAAUGGUUUUCUAAGUCGUGAAGAUUUUUUGAGAAUUCCUGAACUUGCAAUCAACCCACUUGGGGACAGAAUUAUCCAUGCCUUUUUCGGGGAAACCCAUGAUUCAACGUUAAAUUUUAAGCAGUAUGUAAAAGUGUUAGCUACUUUUAGACCAGUCAAAGAUGGCAGUGACAAUAGAUUGAAUAGCCGUGAAGAAAAACUGAAAUUUGCUUUCAAAAUGUAUGAUGUAGACCACAAUGAUAAAAUAUCUCGAGAGGAAUUGUUAUUGGUAUUACAAAUGAUGGUUGGUGCUAAUAUAUCUGAAGAACAGUUAGGAUGCAUAGCAGAUAGAACUAUACAGGAAGCUGAUAAUGAUAAUGACGGUCUCAUUUCAUUUGAAGAAUUUCAAAAGGCAAUGGAAAGGACAGAUGUUGAACAGAAAAUGAGUAUAAGAUUCCUUCACUGAAUCCUGCAAGUUAAAUGAACAUGUAAACAAUGUUGGUAAAAAAAAAUAACCAAAUCUUUAUAUCUAUCGCAAACAUGAAUAAGAGUUGACAAAUUUGACCACAUUAAUUGCAUAAUCAUGAGAAUGGUGAAUAGUGAGUUAACUGACUCAUUUCAAUUAGCUUUUACAAGUACCUUGUGUGUAAGCAGGUUUUUUUUACAAAUUGAACAAACAGUAUUUGUAGGUACCAUAAUGUAAAUAGAAAGAUUAUUAAAUGGAGUGCUGUAUAUACUGUACUUGAAAUGUGAACAGGAGGAGGAGUUUGUUAAUUAUUGCAAUGAGUGUCAUGCCAAUAUAUCAAUGCUGCACACUCAUUGCAUUAAAUUGAUUUUUUUACUACAAUGUACCACUCAUUGUAUGUUUUGAUAAUUUUAGUGAUGAUCUACAGAUCAUAUUCUAGACAGUGAUGUUGUAAAUUAAAUGUACUUGAUAUUUUUAGCAUUUUCAUAUCUAUUUCUGGAACCUUUACUUAUUUACAUUAUCAGUAAUAACUUUCAUAAACUGGAAAAAAAAUACUUUCAUUAGUAUGGCAUUCUCUGUUUGGCUAAAAGUUGGGUUUCUUAUUGUGUAGAUCGGGUUACAAAAUUAAAUUUAUUUCUCUGUUUGCAGCAGAUUGUUCCUUUCUUCUUGUU